CGGCGUCCUUCUGGGGAAAUGGAGCGAGGCUUGAGGGAGAUUUGCGGUGAUGGGGUGGCAGGAUGAGAAGGCGUUGGAGGGCCGGAGCGGGGACCCCGAGGAGGAGGAGGAGGAAGAAGAGCUUGUGGAUCCUUUAACUACUGUCAGGGAGCAUUGUGAACAGAUUGAGAAAUGUGUGAAAGCUCGGGAACGUUUAGAGGAGUGUAAUGCUCGAGUGUCAUCCAAGUCCCAUACAGAGGAGAAGUGUACAGAAGAACUCUUUGACUUCUUACAUGCUAGAGACCAUUGUGUGGCUCAUAAACUCUUCAGCAAAUUGAAAUAAAUGUUAAUAUAAGCCUG